UUCAUCAGGAAGUAUUAGGGUGUACUGUCGAGUAAGACCCUUCUUUCCUGGACAAUCAAACCAUUUAAGCGCAGUGGAAAGUAUAGACGAUGGAAUUAUCACAGUUAAUAUUCCUUCAAAGAAUGGGAAGGGACACAGGUCCUUCAAUUUUAACAAAGUCUUUGGACCAUCCGCAACUCAAGCCGAGGUCUUCCUAGAUAUGCAGCCACUCAUUAGAUCUGUUCUUGAUGGUUAUAAUGUUUGCAUAUUUGCUUAUGGCCAAACAGGAUCUAGAAAAACUCACACUAUGACUGGACCAAAAGAGAUCACAGAGAAAAGUCAGGGUGUAAAUUACAGGGCUCUUGGCGAUUUGUUUCAUAUAGCAGAUCAAAGAAAAGACAUUUUCCACUAUGACGUUUAUGUUCAAAUGAUUGAGAUUUACAAUGAGCAAGUCAGGGAUCUUCUAGUCACUGAUGGAACAAAAAAAAGAUAUCCUUUUACCAGUUAUUUGAUUCUCUAUUGGUUUUUUAUAACCUCAAAACAACAUUGGCAAGAAAAGAAGGAGAAUCAGAUUAUUCUUUAUCCAGCAGCUCUGAGAAAUACAGGACAAAGGCCAGUGAACUAUCACCUUAUCCUGACAGUGGGAAUCAGCUUGGAUACCGACGACCAAUGGUUGAGGUUGGCAACAUUGAAAGCGAGAACUACAUGAUAUUGGACAAGCAUUGAUUAUAUGUUACUAUCGAGUUAAUGUCAAAUAAAUAAAUGUAAUAUAUGUUAAGUUUAUUUACAUUUCCUUUUUUUUUUAUUUGAGUCUAAGACUAGGAUAUGAAUGGUAAUGGAUAAGCAUUGAUUAUGUUUAGAUAUAUGUAACUAUUAUUGCAACAAACUAAAUGUAAUA